AUGGAAGAAGCUAGAGCUGUACCUAAAAAUGAGGAAAUAGAAACAGGAAAAUACACUGCACUGGAAGUUGUGAAACCAGAGACUAUAAAAGAAAAAACUGUACUUAAACUGGGAAUUAAUAUCAACAGAACUGGGAAAAAAGAAGAAAUAAAAUCAAUAAAGGAAGAAAUUGCAGAAGCUGAGGAGAAAGAAAAUGAAAGAAAGAAAUUGCUAAAAGGGGAAGGACCAACUGUGGUGGAUGAUUAUGUGAAGCUGAUGGUGGAAGAUGUCAGAAUGAUGGAAGAAGAAAUGAAAGAGAUGGAAGAGAAAAUGGAGUUGAUAGAAAGUGCAAUUGAAGAAAAGGAAAAGACUAGUGAAGUGAAAGAGUCUGUGAAUCAAAUGGAAGAUUUGAAAAAUUACACAGAAAAUAGGACAACAGAUUCAGUGAUUCAGGGAGACAGUGAAGAGAUGGAUGAAGCAGCAAGGCUCCUGCAAGAGGUAGACAAUCUCAUCAAAGUGGUGGAAAGUGGAGUUCUUGUGCCAGACAAAAUAUCUGAGGAUAUGACGGAAGCAGGAAGAAUAUUGGAAGAAAUAGAGAAAACAGGAUGUCAUAAAGAUAUUGGAGAAUUGAAACUAAAUGACUUUGCAGUGAAAGAUGUAAAACAGGUAGCAGAAGAUAAUUGGGAUACACAAAAUGAAAUAGCUGAAACUGAACAAGAAAAGCUAGACAUGUCUUACGAAAUUCUGGAAAUAGAAGAUGCACUUGAAAGCGUGGGUGGUGAUGUGGGUAAUGAAAGAAGCACCGCAAAACUUUCUGAAGACAAAACAGCAGCAGGUACAAGCGACAAGAUGGUUGAUGAGGCAUUGAUAAACACUAAUAUGGAAAAGGCACAAAUCACUGUACUUACUGAGAAUGUAAAUGAACUGAAACAUAUGGCAUAUGAAGAAGGUAUAAAGAGGAUCAGUGAAAUUGUUGAAGGGGAAGCAAAUGGAGGACAAGAAACAAUUGAAGACCACUCGGUGGAGGAUGAUGAAGAAUGGGAAGAUGCUUUUGAAAGUCUAAAAUAUUCUGAACUUGAAAAGACACCAAGUCUAGGAGUGGAUAUGGUGCCUGAGGUGAUGGAAGAUCUAGUGAAGAAAGACUGGGGCACUUCCCUAGCUGAAAAUACUGAUACUAAUCUGGUAGAGAGUCUUGCCAAACAGGGUGUAGAUGAGAAAGAAGACAGGCUGGAAGGUGAAGACGAGAUAGAAGAAAGCAUAGUGUACACUACGGCUACUGAUGAAACAGUACAAAAUACAGAAUCUGACAUCUCUCUGGAGUCUGAAUACCAAGAGAUUAAGGAAUUUGAAGAGAAAGAAGAAACUGAGCUUAAAACAGAAGUCAAUGUUCCAGAGGAAGUUGUUAAUUGGGAAGUACAAGAGAGACUGGCACAACUGGCUCCCCAAGCAGCAGAAAAUAAUAUCAGUGAGGAACCAACUGAAUUGCUUACAAACAAUUUAAAGAAGGAAGAUCAUGAAGAUCAUAUUGAUAGAAAUGCAGAAGAUGAAGAUGAAUUAAGUGAUCAUGCAGUAGAAGAACAAAUUGAGGAAGGAUAUUUGAACAUGGCUGAAGCUUCACAGGGGGAACUUGUCAAGGAUGCUAAAUUAGAAUCUUCCAUGAAAGAAGACACUGACGAAGAACUGAGUGAAUCUGACAAUUCUGAAGCUGAGGAAGAUAUUAGAUAUGAAUUAAUGGCUGGCAGAAGUGAUGAUCUCAUAGUUGAGAGAGAGAAGGAAAUGUUCAAGAACAUGAUCUGGAGUGUCAUCAUGGAAGAGCCAGAACAUGAGGUAAUGGAAGAGGACAAAAACAAAAAGGCUGAAAAACAAGAUGAGACUGAAGACAGAACGACCAUCUUAGCAAAUGAAUUAUUUGAGAGGCUCAUUCAAGAAAAGGAGGUUGACCUUUUGAGGAAUGUCAGAGCAGCAGCUGUGAGCAUGGAAACUGAUGAAGAAAAGGAAGGCAAGUUAGCCAAGGAAAAGAAGGAUUAUAUGGCUGAUGUUGACCUGAAUGAUGAACAGAGUAGUGCGCAAGAGACGAAUGAAGACUGGACAACACCUGAAGAUGCAGACAUGGAGCUCCUCAUGAAAGACAUGGAAAAUAAAACCCACGGCUAUGAAAAUGAGACGAGGAAAGAUGACAGUACCAGUGGUGAAAGCUUUGAUGCCUCAUCUCAUAAGGAAGCUGAUCUGGCAAAAUCAAAUUCAAAAAGUGUGAAAGAAGCCAUUGCCAAAGCCAAGGAAGAAGAUACAAAGAAAAAACAAGAAAGUCUUGUUAAGUCUCUGGAGGCAAUGGUCAAGAUGAAACAGGAGAAGAAAGAAAUGACAGAAAAGGAAGUGAAAAGCGUCCUGGAUUCUGUGUUGCGCUUCUUAAGAUACCUGUUCUGUUGCUGGAGCAUAGAAGAUCCAGUACACCAGUUACCCACGGCCUAUUUCUUGAAUGAAUGCCUGACAGCUGUCUUUGGAAAGUGUCAAUGUAACAGGUUCAUAGCAGUGAAUGAGUGUGAUUUAUGGCCAGUUGUCAAUGACGGAAAGUCAGAUAGUUUCAUGAAGAUCCCCAAAUAUCAGAAUGCAAUGAACAUGAAUAAUGAAUUGUUCCAUGUACAUAUUAAGUCCAACAUUAUGAGCAAAGAAAAGAUCCCGAUAGUACUUGCUGCAAAUGUUCAAUUGCAGACAACUCUUAGCUUUAAUGAAAGUAAAAGUGAAGACACAUAA